AUGGCGACCGUCAAUCAGAAUAUGUUUGGUGCCAGUAUAACCACCGAUCGGCCUGGUGGUGGGUCGUUAAUGAGGCUGCCACUGAAUCUGAUCGUGCAAAUCGUGUCGAAUGUUGAGGAUACUGGCGAUCUUGCCCGACUAUGCCGUACAUGUCGUGUCCUUAACUACAUGGCCCUGCCACAGCUUUAUCGCACCUUGACCCUCAAUUCUUACGGCAAAAUCCGGUAUCGCGAUGAACAGCCAGAAGGAAUCGGAAGCGCCAGUCCUUUCACGAUGGGCCUGAAUGCGAUUAUCACCCGACCAUAUGCGACGCUCGUUCGAUCGGUAACACUCCGGGGAGACUGGAAAGAGAGAGAGCUGGAGGAGCAUUCCGCAGUUGGCCGCGUGCCCGACUCAUCAAUGUUGCUGAACAUCGCCGUGCGGGCGGCAGUGGAUCGCAUGACCAACCUAGAGACCUUCCAUUGGGAACUUAAUACCAAAAUGCUGGACACUGUAUAUAAUGGACUUACACAGCUUCCUCGACUCACGACAUUAACGAUCCGCUUCCCUUCUACCCGCCACCCUCAACCCACAUUCGUGCUUCCGGGCAUGCCACAUUUGCGGUCUCUGAAAAUUACCGAUAUCGAUCCUCUCUGCUACCCUGAUGAUAUAGCCACAAUGCUUCUCAAGAGCAAAAAGCUGCGCGAAUUGAAGCUCCAUUGGUCUCCUCGCAUGCGCAUCGCACAGGAACCCAGCGUCUCCCUGCACGAGUAUUUCCGCAAAUGCAUUGCUGCAAAACAUCCCAUACCCGUCAAGAAGCUUUCCUUCCAGAAUAUGUACGCCUUCCAUACCGAAGAAUUCAAUAUCGCAUUUGAUCCAACCACCGUCGAGGAUGUCACUUUCCUGAGUGGUACGGAUAAUGCAGGCUUCGUCAACACAUUUAUCGAAAAUAGUUGGCCAACGAUGAUGCCCCAUAAAAAGCUCCAGAUCAAAUCCAUUCGUGUGGAUGCGAUUUCCAAGCGCAACUCGGAAUUCUUGGGCAAUUUCAAGGGACUGGAGCGGCUAUACUUCGUGAAUGUGACCGCCGAUUCAAAUGACUACCUCAAUUCUCCUCGCCCGGGGUUCGGGCCUGCCUCAUCCGCACUCACUCCCCCAGUGCAUGAAAUUCCAAAUGGAUUUAUGGGCAAUUCGCCCACCGCAGCUGCAUCGCCGGCCAGUCAGGUGAACCUGGCCACUAGCGUUCGCGAUAGCUAUCUAUCCCACAUUGCCACAAACCACGGCGCCAGUCUACGCCAUCUACUUUUGUGUUCCAAAUGGCCUCUUUCAACAGCCAUGAUUGCAAGACUUGUUCACGCCUGUCCGAACUUGGAACAACUCGCUCUCGCCACAGAAUUUUCAAGUAUGGAAUCAUUGGGUAUGCUGGUACCCUUCCUUCGCAAACUAGUCGCGCUUCGCUUGUUGAUUCCCGCGGGCUCCGCAUCACCACAAGGCGGCCAGAAUGGCACUGCCCCGAGUUCAGCCACAUCUCACACACUCAGUGGUGAUGGUGCCGCCAGAUUCCCAAAGCUUGCCAGAACUCUUACAUUCUCAGACCAGCAAGUACCUAAAAUUGCCCGAGAGAUCUCGCGGGAACUCGAAAAUGCCCGCAGUCUGGCAGAAAUCGUUGAUCUGGACGAUGAAAUUCUCAUGGAGAUGAUGAGCUACGAUAUGGCCGACACAAACGUUUAUAAACAUGUCAAGGUCAUCGGGAUGGGAUGGAAGUCAUUCGAGCUACGCGAUAUCUACAAAGCACCCUUGCCGGUCUAUGAUGAACCCGAGUCCCAAUCACCCGACCCUACCUCCGACCAGCAUGAGGCAACGUCGGAAGAAAGCGGAGUCCCCAAUACCAACGGACAAUCCGGACCUGAUACAACUUCUACCCCUGCCACAAAUAUUCCUCCCUCAACAUUAGGCAAGCGCAAUCGGGAUGAAGACGACGAGAAUGAAAGCAAAAGCCGGGCGUCCGUUUAUCACAACAACACCCGCGAAUCAUCCGAGAUCACUCAUCCCGCCCUCGCAAAGACGGGUUGCUUCCCCCCCCGUCCUAACAAACGAUGGGCAGGUUAUGCGUCGACGCAUGCGACGAGUGGGUUGGGAGGUGUUAAAACACUGGGAGAUUUGGGCGCUGGACGCGCAAGAAAUUUGAUUGAUUCGCCCGAAACGUUUCAUAUUACACAGCGACAUAAUUGGGAGUUUUGUGGGAUAGUCUAG